AUAUAAAUGCAGCCUCAGCCCUGCUCCCGCAUUCCUGCCUUCACAUCCCGAAUCCUCAGCAUCGGUUUGAAGGAAUAUCCAUUAAAAUGCGUGAAUGCAUUUCCAUGCACGUUGGCCAAGCUGGUGCCCAGAUGGGUAAUGCAUGCUGGGAACUAUACUGCCUGGAACAUGGCAUCCAACCCGAUGGACAAAUGCCGAGUGACAAGACCAUCGGGGGAGGAGACGACUCCUUCAACACUUUUUUUAGUGAAACAGGAGCCGGGAAACAUGUUCCCCGUGCUGUAUUUGUGGACCUAGAGCCUACUGUCAUUGAUGAGGUACGCACAGGUACCUAUCGGCAGCUGUUUCAUCCUGAGCAGCUCAUUACAGGCAAAGAAGAUGCUGCCAACAACUACGCCCGUGGGCACUACACCAUCGGCAAGGAGAUCAUCGACCUGGUACUGGACAGGACACGCAAGCUGGUACGGAGUUCAUUGGGAUUUCACUGUAACGUCUUAAUAGACAUUUUGCUAUAUAACAUUUUAUCACUUUACAUGAAACCUUCUCCCUGUCUCCUUCAGGCUGACCAGUGCACUGGCCUCCAAGGUUUCCUCAUCUUCCACAGUUUUGGUGGGGGUACUGGCUCUGGGUUCACCUCCCUCCUGAUGGAACGCCUCUCAGUUGACUAUGGAAAGAAAUCCAAGCUGGAGUUUGCGGUCUAUCCAGCUCCUCAAGUGUCCACAGCUGUGGUUGAGCCUUACAACUCCAUCCUGACCACCCACACCACCCUGGAGCACUCUGACUGUGCCUUCAUGGUGGACAACGAAGCCAUCUAUGAUAUCUGCCGCAGGAAUCUGGACAUUGAGCGCCCAACAUAUACCAACCUCAACAGGCUUAUUGGCCAGAUUGUCUCCUCCAUUACAGCCUCACUGCGCUUUGAUGGAGCCCUGAAUGUGGACCUGACAGAGUUCCAGACCAAUUUGGUGCCUUAUCCCCGUAUCCACUUCCCUCUGGCUACCUAUGCCCCAGUGAUCUCUGCUGAGAAGGCUUACCACGAGCAGCUUUCUGUCGCAGAUAUCACCAAUGCCUGCUUUGAGCCAGCCAAUCAGAUGGUGAAGUGUGACCCCCGUCACGGCAAGUACAUGGCCUGCUGUCUGCUGUACCGUGGAGACGUGGUUCCCAAAGAUGUCAACUCAGCCAUUGCCACCAUCAAGACCAAGCGCACCAUCCAGUUUGUAGACUGGUGUCCCACUGGCUUUAAAGUGGGUAUCAACUACCAGCCGCCCACUGUGGUUCCUGGAGGAGACCUGGCCAAGGUUCAGAGGGCUGUAUGCAUGCUGAGCAACACCACGGCCAUCGCUGAGGCCUGGGCUCGCCUGGACCACAAGUUUGACCUGAUGUACGCCAAGAGAGCCUUUGUCCACUGGUAUGUGGGAGAGGGUAUGGAGGAGGGAGAGUUUUCUGAAGCCCGUGAAGAUAUGGCAGCCCUGGAGAAGGACUAUGAGGAGGUCGGCACCGACACUGUGGGGGACGAAGAUGAAGAAGGAGAAGAGUAAUGACAGGAAACAAAUUAUCUGAGGCCCCCACACCUGAAGCAUUCUCUGAUUUCCUGUUCCAGGACAGAAUUUGAAAUCAGCAAUUCCUACAUUCGCCUAACACUUAUAUUCUUUAUAUUUACAAUGAGAAAGAAAGUACUGCUGCAAAUGCCAAUAAAACGUCAUAUUGUCAUAUUUAUUUUAAGCUCAAAGAUAUUAAUCCUCAAAGCUAAAUGUCUAUCUAAAGAUGCUAAAUAAAGUUAAGUCAAACUGUU